AAAAACACUAAAAACUUGUUGUUUGAGUGCAUCGUUUCCUGGCCAUGGCAGUGGGAGAGCUCUUUCUUUCUGCGUUCCUCCAAGUCCUGUUCGACCGUCUGGGAUCUCGUGAGUUGCUGAACUCUGUACGCCGAGAUGGGCUCCGAAAGAAGCUGGAGAGGUGGAGUGAGACUUUGAAAGGGAUUGAGGCAGUUCUUGCUGAUGCGGAUGAGAAGCAGCAUUCUGAGGUGGCUGUGAAGAAUUGGCUCGAUGAUCUUCGAGACUUGGCUUACGAUUUGGAAGACAUUCUGGACGAGUUUUUCACAGAAACUCUGCGGUGCAAAGCUUCUUGUAGUGGCUUCACUCCGAGGGCUGUUAAGGUCAACAUGAGGCUGGAGUCAAAGAUAGAGGAGAUCACCGGGCGAUUCAACCGCAUGGUGAAGCAAAAGGAUGAUCUGAAAUUGAGUAGCGAAAAUGUUGACAGGAGGUCAUACAGAACGAGAGAGACACUGGCACCAACAUCUGUAGUGACCGAGGCUCAUGUUUAUGGCAGAGACAGCGAUAAAGAGGCUCUGCUUGAAGUUUUGGUGGGUGAAAAAUGUAGCGAAGCUCAACUCUCUGUGAUUCCUAUUGUUGGUAUGGGAGGAAUGGGUAAGACAACUCUUGCCCAGCUUGUGUACAAUGAUGAAAAAGUACAGAGGUUUUUUGAUCUCAAAGCAUGGGCUUGUGUAUCCCAAGACUUCGAUGCUGUUAGAGUGACAAAAGCCAUUCUAAAAUCUGUCUCUUCAAGUGGUGGUGAUGACAAUGAUCUGAAUUUAUUGCAAGUCGAACUGAAGGAGAAACUGAAAGGGAAGAAGUUUCUGGUCGUCUUGGAUGAUCUCUGGAAUGAGAACUAUCAUGAUUGGACUAUUUUACGUGCUCCUUUCGAGGCAGGGGCUCCGGGAAGUACGAUUAUUAUCACAACUCGCAAUCAGGGAGUUUCGUCAAAGACAAGUACCAUUCCGGCUUACUCCUUGAAAGAGUUGUCAAAUGAUUUUUGUUUAUCUAUAUUGGCCCAUCAUGCAUUGGGAAUAAGAGACUUCGAUGCACAUCUAAACCUCAAAGAUGUUGGUGAGGCAAUAGUUGGAAGGUGUAAAGGCUCUCCCUUGGCAGCAAAAGUACUCGGAGGUGUCUUACGCAAUAAACUAGAUCGCGAUGAGUGGGAGAAAGUAUUGAAGAGCAAGAUAUGGGGUUUAUCAGAAGUACGAAUUGAAAUUGCUCCGGCUUUCAUAUUGAGCUAUUAUCAUCUGCCGUCAAAUUUGAAGAGGUGCUUUGCGUAUUGUUCUAUACUUCCCAAGGACUAUGAAUUUAAGGAGGAGGAGUUGGUUCUAUUAUGGAUGGCAGAAGGUUUAAUUCAGCCACUAGAAGAGGGAAAACAAAUGGAAGAUUUGGGUAUUGAGUAUUUUUGCAAUCUGUUGUCGAGGUCAUUUUUUCAACAAUCAUUCAAGGAUAAAUCACGAUUUCUAAUGCAUGAUCUCAUCAAUGAUUUGGCUCAAUGGGUUGCAGGAGAUAUAUGCUUUAAAAUGGAGGAUAGUGUUGGGGGUAAUAAUGGAAGGCAUCCUUCUAAAAAGGCUCGACAUUCGUCUUACUUGACUAGUUACUAUGAUGGCCGUCAAAAGUUUGAGGUUUUUAAUGAUCUCACAUGUUUGCGGACCUUCUUGCCUUUUAUGCUUUCAAAUAAAGGCUGUUGUUACUUGACUAAUGAUGUUCCUCUUAAAUUGUUGCCAAAAUUACGACGCUUAAGGGUGCUCUCUUUGAGUGGAUACAUUAUAUCUGAGCUACCAGACUCAGUUGGUGAUCUGAAGCAUCUACGAUUCCUUGACCUUUCUCACAUACAUGGAAUUAGAAGCUUGCCUGAAUCAGUAGCCACUCUAUACAAUUUACAAACAUUGAUAUUGGAGAACUGUUCUCGUCUAGAGAAAUUACCUUCAAAGUUUGGAAACCUAGUCAACCUACGACAUCUCAACAUUCUAGAAGCAAAUGCAUUGGAAGGAAUGCCACCACAAGUAGGUAAAUUAACUUGUCUCCAAUCAUUAUCUAAUUUCGUUGUUGGAAAAGGUAGUUGUUCCGGGGUAAAGGAGUUAGGGCCUUUGUUGCAUCUUCGUGGGACACUUUGCAUUUCAGGAUUGAAAAAUGUGAUUAAUCCUAAGGAUGCGAGAGACGCUAGGUUAAUUGAAAAGACCAAUCUAUAUGGGUUGUCAUUGGAAUGGAGGCAAUGGCAUUUAAGUUUCAAUGAGUCACAAGAUAGAACAAGUGAUUUAAAAGUACUUAACAUGCUACAACCUCACAAGGGUUUGAAAGAGCUCACUAUCAAGUGCUACGGUGGUGUAGAAUUUCCAACUUGGUUAAGUGGCCAUUUUCCCAAUAUGGUGUUCUUGAAGAUUGAAUACUGUGAAAAGUGCACAUUUUUGCCUGCAGUGGGCCAAUUACCAUCACUCAAAGACCUUUUCAUAAGAGGCAUGGCUAGUGUGAAAAUUAUUGGACGUGAGUUUUGUGGGGAAGGAAUGGGAGAAUUGGAUUCCUUGUGGAGAAUUUCCAAAAUUAAGUGA